AGCUCUCUUUCCUCCGGCUCCUCCACACUGAAACCUCUGCCUGUUGCACGCUUUUGUCUGUGGUGAGUGUUCAGCAGUGUCUGAGACGCGCUGGGAGCAUGGCUGCCAUCAAGGCUUUGGAGCAGUGGUGCAAAAUGCAGUGUGAGGGCUACCGGGACGUGGCCAUCACCAACAUGACGACUUCAUUCAGGAACGGAUUGGCUUUCUGUGCACUUAUACACAAGUACAGACCGGACUUAAUAGACUAUGACUCACUCAGAAAGGAGGAUGUGUUCGAGAACAACAGGCUGGCUUUUCAGGUGGCAGAGGAGAAGUUGGGGAUUCCAGCUUUGUUAGAUGCAGAAGACAUGGUGGCUUUAAGGAUCCCAGACAGGCUGAGCAUUCUCACCUACGUCUCCCAGUACUACAACUACUUCAAAGGACGACCUCCGAUGGGAGGUGUAAAAAGGCCAGCAGAGGGCUCCAAGGAGGAGCCAUCAGAGAAGAAAAAUCUCCCAGUGGUUGCCAAAACCUUUGUGCCUAAAAUUGCCAUUGAGAAUCGUUUACCUUCCGCUCUAACAGCUCAGACCUCACCCAAGUUGGCCAGAGCUGCUGCCCAGAAGGCGGUUUUGGCAGAAAAUGCCAACAAAAAUGGGACUCUCAACAGCAAGUGUGUUGCAUGCAAGAGCCACGUUCACCUGGUUCAGAGGCACUUUGUUGAAGGCAGGCUCUAUCACAGAAGCUGUUUCAAAUGCAGUGAAUGCUCCAGCGUGCUUCAUGCAGGGGGAUACAGACCUGGGAAGAAUCCAGACACUUUUAUCUGUAACGCCCACCAGAACAGUCACAAAGCUUCCUCCUCCGAGGUUGGGAUCAAAAACGGAUCCACCAGUUCAGCUGUACGACCAAACGGUGCCAGCCAGACCCAGCCUGCAGCACGCCCCGCUUCUGUCCUAUCAGCCCCACUGAAUAUUGUUCUGAAGCCAGUCAGUCCUACUCCACCUUCCCAGUCCUGGACUGUCUCAGCCCAGAGGACACAGGCGGCCCGGCAGAAGUUUUUCCAGGCUGCAGCGUUAGUCACAGAGGUCUCGUCAGGGGACAGGAAGCCCACAGAGCCUUCAAGUGUUUUGGGAAGGGCAAAGGUCCCACUAAGUGCUAAUGAUGAGAAGAGCAGGACCAGUACAACCAUUGGAAAGAAACUAGCUGAAGAAAACUGCAACAAUAAUAACAAACGCCCAUUCAGCAUCCGUUCAGCAGAAAGACGGUUUGGAGAAGAGCCAAGUUCAGCUGACAGGCCUGUUUGGAGAAAGGAUAAAUGCAGCCAAGGCUCAGCAGGAAACUGGGCAAGACAGCCCUCCACCGGCCAGACAAACAAUAAGGAAUCACCAUGUCUGAAAGCCAUCAGCAAAGACAGCACAAGGCCAACAACUGUACACACAACAGCCAAAGUUUGCCAAGAAGAGCAAUCAAAACUCAAACCUGCGGGAACCGGGUUAGGUUCAAAAGAUGCUGAAGCUGAAGCCUCCACUGAGCAACAUAAGCCUGGAUUCAUGUCUUCAGAUGUCUCCAUCAUUACAACAAGGCCUCCCCUGUCCUCGGCCCCUGCAGCUGCAGCUCCAGUUAGCUGUGCUCUGUUUGAUCCUGCGCACGUCAUGGAGGUGUCUCCACAGAAAUCUCAGCCUGCCUCUGGAAACCCGGGUUUUAAACAUGGGAGUCAUUCGCCUGUGAAAUCCCCACCCAGACGGCCAGCUGUGGAAUCUAUUAGCUUUUCAACGGCUGCUCCAGCCAAUCACGGAAAUCCGUCAGGUGCUAAAAAGGGAAAGUAUUUGUCACCCACCAACGCCUCCAGGACUGAAAUGAGGUCACCCUCUGUGAAGUCUUAUCAUAUCCCGGUGGAGCAGAUCGAGAGGGAGCUGAAUGAUAUUGAGACAAACUUGGCUCAGUUGGAGAAGGAGGGAGUGGAGCUGGAAAAGAAGCUCCGCAGCUGCGAGGAAGAGGGAGAAGGAGACAUAUUGAUGGACCCACUUAUGGUUGACUGGUUCAACCUGAUUCGAAAGAAGCAGAUGUACAUUAGGAAGGAGUCAGAGCUUGUAUACAUAGCCAGGACUCAGGAGCUGGAGCAGCAGCAGCCAGGUGUGGAGGGGGAACUUCGCAGGCUUCUGGAGAAGCCAGAGCAUUUAAAGUCCAGAGAGGAGCAACAGCGGGAGACGUUGUUGAUGCAGAGACUGAUGGAGAUUGUGAACGGCAGAAAUGCGAUUGUGGAGGGUUUGGACGAAGACAGGCUGAGGGAAGUGGAGGAGGAUCUGCAGUUGAAUGAAAUGAUGAAAAAUCUUGGAGUAAAGAAAACCAAAAAUAAGAGGAAAUCCUCCAUCUCAAAACUGUUCAGACGAAGAAGCAAAAGACGAGUGGAAUGAUUCUCAAGGGAAUUUUUUAACUAAAUUUCAUAAUUUUCUUUUCGUAUGAAUAUUCCUUAUAAACAUUUCAAGGUUUUUGUAUUUGAGUACUUCAGUACAUAGCAUGCUAAUGAGAAGGCGAAGGGAAAGAUAUCAAAUUAGGAAGUAUAAUGGUCAAGUUUUUUCUUGUCUGCAAUCUUUCUUCCUGGCUGUUUUCAAAAAUUUCAAGCUAAAUGUUCAACUAAAGUGUUGUUCUGGUUCAAGAUUCACCUUCAGUUCUUAGUUUGGUGGUAUUUAAGUGGAGUGAGAGGUUUCUUUAUAGGUUAUGAUUCACUAACACUUUUUUUCACAAGGGGUGUCAUAUUUUUCCACAAUUGUUGUUCACAGUUUAAAAAAAGAAAGGUGUUUUAUUAUGUUGCAUAUGCUAGCCACUGGAGUAGUCACAAAAAAUGCCGCCAUUAAUGGAUAUGCAUACAAUAUAAAAAGAUACCGUAUAUUUUUUGAAUGAUUGGAGUGAGGUAUAUAAUUUAUAUGUUCAUCAGAUUAAAAUGCACUUGGUCAAAAAUCUGGAUGUUGGGAGUCGAAGUCAUAUAUCAUGAUGUGUACAUAACAAAGGGAGCACUGGGUGUUCCACUUGCAAAUAGGAAUGAUGAGAAUAAAUGAGUAAUCCUUCAACGGUCUUGAUCCAAAAUGAAAUUAUUUCAGUAUUUAUUUAAUAAUGGAUUUUAACAAAUUUCCUGUAAGGAUAUUAGCAGGAGAAAAAGCCUUGACAAUUAAGUUUGAAUGGCUGUGGAGUGUAAAAUGGAGAGCCACACAUGUUGAACUGCCUUGCUGCAGACUGUAGUUCCUCUCUCACACUGUACUGUAGGUGGCAGCCUGGGUAUGCUGUAUCACAAGGCAAGAACUUGGAAAUCCAAUUUGCCACAGUACAGACAGUUAAUUUCUUUGCUAAUUUUAUAAAUGCUGCAAAAAUGUUCAGCUGUGCUGAUGCAAUAAUGUUAUGUGAAAGAGGAUUAGGUAGAGCAGUAGCUUAUGGCCGAGGAAGGCUUAUAAACUAUAGGUUGUAUUGAGCUCUUUAUCUUCAAACCUGGUUUAAUUAAACAUUACUCUUUACUAAUAUCUGCAUCAGAAUUGCUCUGUACCUGAGCUAUUGAAAUGUUCAAAUGACAUGUAGAGUCACUCAUGUGUGAAAAUGGCAUUCACUGUUUGUAAGGAAUAUACUGUGAUGUUGCAUUUUAGAAGCGUUAUAGAAAGGUAUGUGCUUGUACUCUAUUUAUAUUUUUAAA